AUGUUGCUUAGACAGAGCCCAGUGCAGAGCAGACAGUCUUGCGGACCAGCACUCAGACCCAAGACCAGCCCAGCCCUGUCAGAGCUGGAGACCUUGUCACCACAACGUCCCUCUCCUCUGCUACGUGCCCCCCUCGAUGGUGAAAUGUACCCUGAAGAGAGCAGAGGAUCUGGUGUGGUAGCCACUGUGGACUUCCUGGAAGGGACCUACGACUACGCUGCCCCCGCCCCAGCCCCGACUCCUCUUUACAGCCACUCCACCCCUGGCUACUACUCCGCUUCUCUGAAUGCACACGGACAACCCUCAGAUAGCAGCAUUCAGUCCCUAGGCAGUGGGCCUGCCAGUCCUCUGGUGUUUGUGCCCUCUAGCCCCAGAUUGAGCCCCUUCAUGCACCUGCCAAGUCACCACUACCUGGAAACCACCUCAACGCCUGUCUACAGGUAAGGAAACUCAGUUUGUCUACUAGAGGAGAGUGGCAAUGAGUAUGAAGAGAUUGUUUUUGGGGAAAAAAGUUAUUCCCAUAGAUUUUAUUGUUUGACAAAUAUGUUUUGGACUUAAUAUUUACGCUUUAUGAGGUAUCUUAUGGGGGGGGGGGGGGGGUAACUCAUUGACAAGAGUUGCCAACUUAAACUUUUUGAUCUGAUUGUUUGUCCAGUUUUGUGUGUACUCUCGUCAGUAUUUAACUGAUAUCGGCAGCACAGUCAGAAGAUCAAUACACCUGCCAGAUUUGUUUUAACAUCAAGGUUUCUGAUCUCUGUGGACUCUAACUUAAUUAAGAAGGAUACAAAUAUGUAUAAUAAGGAAAUAAAUUCUCACAAUAUUUGUUGUUUUUUUAUCAUUAUUGUACUGUGAUUUUUUUUUGAUUUUAUGUGUCUGAUUUUAACUCUGAUGUUUGCAGAAAAAGACACGACCAUCUAACUUUCAGCAUAGCAUAAGUAUUUGUUCUGUCCUUCUAAUGCAGUACUAUAAACAAAAUAUAAUUAUAUAACGUUGUUUCUUUAAUCCUUUGCUUGAUACAAAACAUCUCUAUUAUCUGUAUGGAAAGGAUCAAGCUUUGCCCUGGUUUUCAAUUCCAGAGACUUAGGACUUUGUCAAAGACCUUGAGAAGGGAACAAUAUGUAAUAACAACAGAAGUACAGAUUGUUUUCCGGCUCAGCUGUAAAAUAGUACUCUGUAUUUGUCUCUGCCGCUGUCAUGUUCAAGUCAAAAGAGUCAUUGUAAAGAUUAACGUUCAAAUGGAAAGUGGCUAGCUAACUUUUGAAGCGUAACCGUGUUUUUGGACUAUUUUUGGAAACAUGUCUAUAUAUAGUUUAUGGCAAUUCAGCAAAUUUCAAUUUAUUUUACCUAAUUUACAGUUUGGUGAGAUUCUGUGUCUAAAAGUCUAUCAUAAAGCGAGUUUGUUAGGUCAUUUAAACAGAGUUCAAACCCUGUGGCAGGUCCAGCGUCUCAUCCAGUCAACAGAGUAAUUCCAGAGAGGACCACUAUGGCACCAGUGACGAGUCAUACAGUGUGGGGGAGUCUGGGGCUGGAGCAGCAGCUGGGUGCUUUGAGAUGGCAAAAGAGAUGCGUUUCUGUGCAGUGUGCAGUGACUAUGCCUCUGGGUACCACUACGGGGUAUGGUCGUGUGAGGGAUGCAAAGCUUUCUUUAAGAGGAGCAUUCAGGGUAGGUUCCCUUUUUGCUCUGGUUAUUCAUGAUGAUGGAUGUUGCCCUCUGACUUUUCUGAUCUGUAAAAGUUUUUUUUUUGUUAAAAUUACAGAUUAGAUGCGGGAAUUAUCAGGCAUUUCUGAUAUCUGGCAUAUAAAAUGUAAUUUACAAUAAGAGAUUGCUCAAAUUUUGACGAUAUCUAAUAGUUCAUAUUUAAAAAUAUGUCAUCUUAUAAGGCAGUGUUAAGUUACCAGCUAAAUACAAAAAGAAACAAAGCACUGUGCCUUAUGAAUCUGACUAAUGAAAAUAACAGUUUUUAUUUUGCUGUUAAAAAAUAGAGUUGAGCUUCAUAAAGAAAGUCCUGAAAUUUUCCCCUACAAAGUGAACUGUCUAUUAAUACAGCUGAGACAAAUAUAAAGGAAAACAAAAAGCAUUGCCAUAAAUUGUUAUUUUUAGAAACAGAUUGAAAAUUAAAUAAAAUGUAAAGUAAAUGAAUGUACAAAUUAUUUCACUCUGUUAUAUUAUUCUUAAGUUUUAACCACAUGUCCUAUUAUGUGAAAUAGCACAUAAUUUCUCUGGGCUCCUAUGUCUGCAUGCAGAUGAAAGCCUCGUCUGUUUUAGCUGGCUUAGUCAUGUUUUUGGUUUGAUGUUUCAGCAUAGUCUUUGCAGCAAGGCUGGUCCUAAAGGAACCAAGAGUCUCCAUGGAGAUGACAAAACCAAGAUGCCUUUUUUUUAAUUCUCUCCAUGUCCAAUCUUUUUAAAGUUGGGAAUAGAGUGUUCUUUGCAACUAAAUAACCUAAAUAUGAAGUGAACACUGGAGUGUGUGAGUGUGUGAGUGUGUGUGUGUACAUGGGAAGGUAGGUGGGGGGCUCAAAGUAAUAGAUUUUCUUCCAUUUCAGGUCACAAUGACUAUAUGUGCCCGGCAACCAAUCAGUGUACCAUUGACAGGAAUCGAAGAAAGAGCUGCCAGGCUUGUCGCCUAAGGAAGUGUUACAAAGUGGGCAUGAUGAAGGGAGGUGGGUAAAAACAGCAACGAAAAGCCCACUGUCAAAGAUUUGAAAGACUAGUCUCCUUUAAAAGUUGUUUUAUUUGAUUUCAUUGUAAGUUAAAAAAUAUGUGGCAUUAGAUUUGAUCAAAUCAUGACUGUGGUCUCUUUUUUGGUGCCUUUUAUGUUUUUGUGUCCUUUCUGCAGAUUUAACUUAAAAAUAUGCAUAGACUAAUUGGGAUUGUAAAAUCAGGUGUUGUUGCUAUUAAGACUGUCACAAUUGUGAGAAUGCUGCUGGAUGCAGAUAAGCUUGAGACUAACUUUAACAUGACCCUGGAGUGAUUUCCUUUUUAAGGAGUACAACAACUGAUUAGAACACACUUUCCCAUUUGUUUUCAUACUUCUUGAGUAAGACAGGCAUCCUUACAAUCUUCCUAACUGCCCCGACUGCUGAACUUUUGGUAUGAAGCCAUGUGUGAGUUUGAAAAAGUCCCCUGAGUUUUUUAUAUUUUUUUAUGUGCAGGAUUGUUGAAUUUCUACUUAUCUGAAGAGGAUUUUAUAUUAUAUUUUGGUCCUCUACUGUAGGUGUGCGAAAGGACCGGGGUCGUGUCAUGGGGCGGGACAAACGGCGGACUGGCAGCAGUGAUAAGUAUAAAAUCUCUACGGACUCGGAGCAGAGAACAGUGCCCCCUCAGGACAGGAGAAAACACAGCACCAAUGUUGGAGGAGGAAAAAUGCCAGUGAUCAGUAUGCCCCCAGACCAGGUGUUCAUUUAUAAAGAGAUUCCUCUUUUAAAAAAAAAUAGAAGUGGUCUCAACAGUUUAAGCAAACAAUAGAUAUGAAAAAUUAUCCUCAUGGGUCAAUGAUUAUUUACACCAAAUUUAAUAACAAUGUAAUUAUUUUUGUCAUUUCAGUAAAACAAUCAGCAUACUGCAAUUUUAAUUUUCUUUUAAUAGACAGAUGGUGUUUGUGUCUUUUCCACAGGUGCUCCUCCUGCUCCAGGGUGCAGAACCUCCCAUCUUGUGCUCCCGUCAGAAGCUGAGCAGACCCUACACUGAAGUCACCAUGAUGACCCUGCUCACCAGUAUGGCUGAUAAGGAGCUGGUUCAUAUGAUUGCCUGGGCCAAAAAGCUUCCAGGUAUUGCUUUAAGUGCCAUAAUGGCCACACUCAAGAUACUUUAAAAAAACUUUGGUAACACUUUACUUGACGCCUACCACUAUAACGCAUUAUAAAUAUAUGUAUAAUUCCUUAUAAUCAUGUUAUAGCACUGUAUAAGUAUAGUUAUAAACAUCCAUAAAUCAUCAUAAUGCUUGAUAGCAAUAAUCAUAACACAUUAUAAAUAAAUUAUAUUUUAACUGUAAACAACUCACUGACAAUGCCCACAUAGAUGAGGCAUUAUACAUAUAUUUAUGAUGUGUUAUAAUUUGCUUAUAAACUUGUAUAACUAUCACUAUAAACACUCAUUAAUUAUCAUAAGGCAUUAUAACAAUAAGCAUAACACAUUAUAAUACCUGACCUUGUAAGUCAUGAUAAAAUGUUAUGAUUAUUGCUAUAAAGCAUUAUGAUCAUUUAUUAGUGUUUAUAACUAUACUUAUACAGUGCUAUAACCUGAUUAUAAAGCAUUAUACAUAUAUUUAUAAUAUAUCCAAGAUCUUGGAGAUAUAAAUAUCUCCAAUAUCUAUAAAAGAUUUUUUUCUCUGAACCUGUUUCUGUUGUCUGAGUGCCAAGGCAACACCAGAGCGAUGGGGGCAUCUUUAUAGUGAAGACACACAUGCGCACACCAGUACACUGCUGCAGAGCCAUUACAGUGAUGGUGAUUACAGUCAUCACCUUUGAGAGGAUUGUUUGACCAAUCUGCUGGCACCCCUCUAUAGGACAAAUCACCCUUUUGCUUACACACACACACACACACACACACACACACACACACACACACACACACACACACACACACACACACACACACACACACACAAGACGAGUUAGUUAACUGAGUGAAUCCUGAUUUUGAAGUAUUACAACCUUGUGCGUCACUAAAAGGCCCAAAAGCACACGGUUUUAAUUGCGAGGCGUCCCAAACAGAGAACAGCAGGAAAUAAAUUGGCUGUAAUUACAUGUGAAUUGAGACAGCUGAGAGCCAGCGAUAAGGCUUCUUACGAGAGCAUGGAGAUUGCAGAUGGUUUCAUUUAAGUUGGUAUUCCCUACCAGAAAACAAGGACAUCAUAUUUUUGUUUUUAUGAGUGGGCUUGAAGGUGCACAGAAAACACGUAUCUCAGUUAGUGUUAAUAUUCCACACUGCACUGCACUGCAGUCAACACAUACCGCUGAAAACAAUCAGAAUUGGAUUUCGUCUGGAGUCUCAAUGAUUACCAUACUUUUAUUAGGAUUAUAAACUAUAAUCCAAUAUCUAUAAAAGGACGUUUUUAAUGAUGAUCAUUCAAGAACUCACAUCUGGAUGGCUGCAGUGAAACGUUAUUGUCUAUUGAAACACCAUUAAUGGAUUGUUCCGCAAAUUCAAAAUGUGUUCAUGCUGACUUCAAUUUUUUUUUCUUCUUUUGUCAUUGAACAGAAAAAAAAACAAUUUUUCAUAUUUACCACUAAGCAUCACUUGUUAAAUAUAUAUACCUUUCAAAACAGUAAACAAAUUUGUUUUUAGCUCUGAGCAUGCUGUGAUUUUUUUCAAUGAAAAAUACCUUAUCUACAAGUACUUACAUCUACAUUACAUUAUACAGGUGUGUGUGCAUUCAACCAGGAUGUUGUCAUAAUUUUCUUUGCUAUUAAAGCAGAAUUCUUAAUAAAGAAAUCAAAUCCCAAUCAAUCACAAUAUAAGAUUUUACCCCCCCCUCCUAAAGCAGCGGAGCUGAAGUGAAGUCAAUGCAGAUGAACUGUUUGACACUUUAAAAAUGUUCUUUGAAACUCUGAGUUUUUAGGUUUCCUGCAGCUGACCCUCCAUGAUCAGGUGCAACUACUGGAGAGCUCCUGGCUGGAGGUGCUGAUGAUCGGCCUCAUCUGGAGGUCCAUCCACUGCCCUGGGAAGCUCAUCUUUGCUCAGGACCUCAUACUGGACCGGUAUGCAGGGUUUUCUAGAUCUUUCUGAGACGCCCACUUUUUUCAGCCUUUUUCCCCAUUUCUCCACCUCUUUCUCAAUAUCAUCCAGAUUUUGAAUAAUACAUCAGCACUGUAGAUUUUCCAUUCGACACCCUGCCAGCUUUUGUGCUAUUCCAACAAACCUAGUCAGAGAGUGAAAGACUAAUUACCUGCUCCCCAUGGUGAGGAGAGCAACCUGAAACACCCCCUUCAUCAUUACAGCUCUGAGCUAACAACCAGGGAAGAGAUUGAAUCAGAGCCUCAAUGCAGGGAAUGAUGGAAAAGGAAGAAGGACAGAGGGGAAGAGGUGAAGAAGAGAGUGCUUAAUGAUGAGCAGAGAGAGGAAAAUGGAGAUGCAGCAGCCAUGGUUGUUUUCUGCAUGUGCAGGCACAGUCUGUUCCCUCCUCUUCCUCCUUUGUCAAAGUAAACAAGCUCACCAAACUGCAGCAUCUACAUCAGAGAGGUGGGGAGAGAGAAGGGGAAACAGAGAGAGAAAGAGACAGACAGACAGAAAGACAGAGCUUUUACCCACUGAUGUGUCUGAUGGUCCCAUUUGAUUCAAAAGUGUAUUACAGAGUAUUAUCUCUAAAGCCUGCUCCUCACAUGAGUGUCCUCCCCAAUUGGACAUGAUGGCUAAAAUGCUGCAGGUCAGGGUUGACAAAUUCCCUUAGCUCUGUGUUGCUUAAGUUUAUCUUACACGCCUACCACUGAUAUCAUCCGUCUUUCCAUCACUUCCUAACUGCCCCGACAAAUGGAGCGUCACUAUGAUUCAGUCCAUUAAGUGUUUAUCUGAUUGCUUUUUGGAUGGUUUCAUGACUUAAGAUUAAGUCAGUGUCACUGCAGCUAAAACAGAGACUUUUUUAUGUGGUUGUGGUGGUUGUAUAUGGAAGAGCAAAAUGAUAAAAAUAAGAACUAGGUGGGGAUGGCAGGGAAACUCAUGACACAAUAUGAUACGAUAUGAUUCACUGCCUGAUGCAUUGCGCAGCACAAGGAUAAAAUGACAUUUUGAUUGUGUAAUAAUUGAUCACUUUUAAAAUUUUUAUAUAACUAUAUGUUGCAGUUUCUAAUUAACUGAAGAAUACAAAAUGUCCCAAAAGCAUAAAUUGCCUGAUUAAUUUAAGUAGUGAUAAGAUAUGGAGAACUUUUAUUUAUCCUCGAGGGGAAAUACACUAUGUAUGGGAUCAUUGUGUAGUGACAUGUUAAGUCACAGCCCCCACCCACCCACCUCCCCGUCAAGCUCAUGUUUUUUCUGUGAAGGUGCGCUCAAAAAAAAUAAAAAUAAAAAAGACAACGGUUUUCUGGCAUUGUUUAAAGGACACUGAAAGGGACUGGAAAUAUAGGGUGCAGGGAGUGAAAGUGGACAUACCGAAGAGACUGUAGUCUCUGUGUUUGGCACCCUAUAACCAUUAAGUCAAGCUAGCACCACAUAAGAUACACUUUUAUCAGUUUACUGUCAGGCUGUUGACAUUUACUUUCAGAGCAGACUAUUCUCCUUAUUCCACUCGUGUCACUGUCAUUUUAAGCUGUGUUUUAUAUUACUGGAUGAAAGAUUUGAGCCAGCUUAUUAGCAAAAGUCAGCAGCUGCCCACCUCGCAGCCCCCUAACCCAGCAGUUAAGCAUUUGAGAGACAUUGAUUUUUUUGGUUGUUACUUUAAACUCUGUACCAGGAGAGAACUUGUUGAAUGAAGGGUCAGUUCAGACAAAUUUUUGUGAAGCCUGCAGUUUGCUGUCAAGUUGUGAGGCUGUAAAAAGGGAAUAUAUCAAAUGACUGACAAAAUUUACAACUCAGGAUCAUCUUGACUUAUCAUUCAAACUGCUGGCUUGAAUUCAGUAUAUUUUGAGUUCAAAUACAACAGAAAUAAGAAGUCAUUUCUUUUUUUACACUUUGAUCUCCAGUAGUGAAGGCGACUGUGUGGAGGGCAUGGCAGAGAUCUUCGACAUGCUGUUAGCCACCGCUUCCCGCUUCCGCAUGCUCAAGCUCAAACCUGAGGAGUUUGUCUGUCUCAAAGCGAUCAUCCUGCUCAACUCUGGUGAGGCUGCACAUGAGUAAAAGUGUGUGUUUUACUGUUUUAGAUUAUUUCCUGUGAAGUAUUUUGAGGGAAACAUUUAUGGAAACACUGACGCUAUACUUAAAAAAACAAAACAAAAAACAAAACAAAAACGUUUUCAUACAAAACCUUGUUUUUUCAUUACUUUCUCACUGUUUUGGUCUGCACAGCUCUUUGCUGCAGGCUUCUGCAGUUUAACUAAACACUGAACAGAGUCAAAAUACACCCACAGAGGUGUAGCUCUGAAUAAUACAGAGGUUCAUCAGACUAACAGAAUGUUCUGGCUGAGCCUGUACCAUCAAUAUGUCUGAUAAGCGUUCCUAUGACAACAUGACAGCACUGUGUUUGAGGUUUUCUAUAUGUGAUCCCUGAAAUAUCAGCAGGAUGACUCUACAGGUUUAGCUGCAGGAGUAGGAUAGAUUUUGGAUAGCUGUGUGGGUUCCUGCACUUUAAUGCUCAAUUGAAUUUCCCUGCAGGGAUCAAUUAAGUUCUUCUUCUGCUUCUCUGUAAUGAGUCAGAUCUUUGAGCACCAUUUAGCAUGCUGCAAACUAAUCGAGUGUAAAAUAAGUUGAGGUAAGUUAAAUAUGUUGAAUUUAUGGCAUAUUUCCUCCAUCAGGUGCCUUUUCUUUCUGCACUGGCUCGAUGGAGCCACUUCAUGAUAGCACAGCUGUGCAGAAUAUGCUUGACAUCAUCACAGAUGCCCUCAUUCAUCACAUCAGCCAAUCAGGUUGCUCCGCUCACCAACAGUCAAGGCGACAAGCCCAGCUGCUCCUCCUGCUCUCCCACAUCAGACACAUGAGGUGAAUUUAAUUCAAAAGGUUGCUUUUGUUUUUUAAUCAAAAGUCCCUCCACAUGCCCUGAGGCUUGAGUCUGAGGGAAUCCAAAUUUUUCAGUUUGUAGGUUGAUAAAGGGGUGAGUGUUUGUUUAUCAUUCACGUAAUAGUAUGUAUACAGAAAGAAGCUGGUCUUAUCAUUGAGGUUAAUGCAGGACCAGUUACUUAGUUCCAUUUUAAGAUGUAUUAAUGGUUUUGAAGUGAAUCAGAAAAUAAAUAAAAGAAACUCCAAUUUGUUAAGCAAGAUCAAGCAGAGUCUUAAACUAGAUUUAAAAGCUAAAUCAUGCCAUAUGUUAUUUUAACAGCACAUUACGCAUGUUUUAUUAAAAACAAACAAAAAGACAAAACUCAUUCAAGAUAAAAAUGUGUUCAUGCUAACUACAAUUUUUUUUCUUCUUUUGUCAUUGAACAGAAAAAAAAAACAUUUUUUAUGUUUGCCACUAAGCAUCACUUGUUAAAUAUGUACCUUUCAACACAGUAAACAAAUUUGUUUUUAGCUCUGAGCAUGCUGUGAUUUUUUUCAAUGAAAAAUACUUUAUCUACAAGUACUAACAUCUACAUUACAUUAUACAGGUGUGUGUGCAUUCAACCAGGAUGUCAUUUUAAGAUGUAUCAAUGGUUUUGAAGUAAAUCAGAGCAUAAAUAAAAGAAACAUCAAUUUGUUAAGCGAGAUCAAGCAGACUCAUUCAGGAUAAAAAACCCUUUUUACAUAAUGUACACAAAUGGAAGCCUAUUCUAGUUGACUUUUGUUCUCAUUAUAGAGAUAAACGAAACAAAACUUUUGAUCUCAGAGAUUUUCUCCCGCAGUGAGAAAUCAAUGGAGGUAAUGUUGUCAGGGAAAUAGAUGAGAGGGACAUAAGGAGAAUUUUGAGCAACAGAAAUAUUUGUGCCUGUAAGAUAAGAAAAUACAGAAAAACACCUGAUGUACAUAAUUUUAAAAGCCUGCCAGGUGGUUCAAAGGAAGUAGAGCCAAAUCCUGAACAGUAAAUACAGAAGAAAAAGCAGCUAUUGACAAAACUAAGCCAUGAUUUUUAUCAGAAUAAAUACCAUUGCCAAAGGAGCUGAGAGAUUUCUUUGAUUUCUUUGUGGGAUUUAAAUCAGCCUGAAGCUUUGCUUAUUAACAGAGCAAUUCAUUGACUUGCCAUAAUUUCUCUGUUUACUCUCCCUGCAGCAACAAAGGCAUGGAGCACCUCUACAGCAUGAAGUGCAAGAACAAAGUUCCUCUGUAUGACCUACUGCUUGAGAUGCUGGACGCUCACCGCCUCCACCGCACAGACAGACCCGCUGAACCCUGGUCCAAGACCAGCGGAGAGCCUGCGUACAGCAACCCCACCUCCUCCACCACUACCACCAACAACGAUAACAACGACAAAAGCAACAGCAGCAGCUGCUCCUUAGCUGGUCCCCGGAUCAACCAUGAGAGCCCUUACAAACCUCCCACAGAUCCGGGGGUCCUGCAGUAUGGAGGGCCUCGCUCUGGUUGCACCCACAUCCUAUAA